UAUCCGCCCUGUAGGACCGGGAACCAUAGUACCGUAGAGAGGGGGCCGUGAGCCGGGUAAACGUUUGGCGUGAAAGAGGGCAGUUGACGAAGCCACAGGACCGGGGCUUGUCCGACAUGUUCUGCGAAAAGGCCAUGGAGCUGGUCCGCGAGCUGCACCGCGCGCCAGAAGGGCAGCUGCCAGCCUUCAAUGAGGAUGGACUCAGGCAAGUUCUGGAGGAGAUGAAAGCUUUGUAUGAACAAAACCAGUCUGAUGUGAAUGAAGUGAAGUCAGGUGGACAAAGUGAUUUGAUACCAACCAUCAAAUUUCGACACUGUUCCUUGUUAAGAAAUCGACGCUGUACCGUAGCAUACCUGUAUGAUCGACUGCUUCGGAUCAGAGCACUCAGGUGGGAGUAUGGCAGCAUCUUGCCAAAUGCUUUACGAUUUCACAUGUCUGCUGAAGAAAUGGAGUGGUUCAAUCAUUAUAAAAAGUCUCUUGCGAUUUAUAUGAGGUCACUAGGAGGAGAUGGAGGUUUGGACAUCACACAAGAUAUGAAACCUCCAAAAAGCCUAUAUAUAGAAGUGCGGUGUCUAAAAGACUAUGGAGAAUUUGAAGUUGAUGAUGGUACUUCAGUCUUAUUAAAAAAGAAUAGCCAGCACUUCUUACCUAGGUGGAAGUGUGAGCAGCUGGUCAGACAGGGCAUCCUGGAGCACGUGCUGUCCUGACGUUGGGCUGAGGCACUGCCAGGCUUUUCCCCGUGGUGUGAGGCAGAGCCAAGCCACGGAAAGUUCUUCACAUCCUUCAUCACCCUCACCUCUUGGUUUCAAAAAUUAUAGACGUUCUUGAAGAUAAACAGGAAUAUCUGGCUAAGGACUAUGGUUUUUCUUUUGUACAGGAUUCCUCCUCCUCUUUGUAAUAAACUGUAUCUAUAAUCCUAACAUUCAUCUAGUUACUACAAUGUGUUUUUUAAUUUUUUUAAUGAAAGUAAACGUUUGUUAUAUUUGAAUUUAUUUUUUUACACCAGUAGUAAUGAUUAUUUUCAGUGAACAUCUCUGAUGUUGCCCAUGGUAUAGUACACUACGUCAUAAACUACAAAUCCAAGGAAGGUAGUAGUGCGUUUCCUAAGUUACAAAAUUUUGGCAAAUUCAUACAGUAUUCUCCUUAAUACAAUAAAAUUCUUUUUUGUUGUUAUUGGA